CACUUUUACCGUCACAUCUUUGGUUACAGCAACUUCAUGUACAAAUAUGCCAAAGUGGAAAUCAAAUUCAAAGUUUAAUCUCGCAGUUUAUGGUGGUGGUUUUCUUUGGGUUCUAUGCAUAACAUAUUUCAUACAUUAUAACUAUCUCCGAUCAGAACAUUCACUAGUGCCCAUUUCCAAUCCAGAAAAUAAUGCCGACUACCAUGGUAAUGUAUUUGCAGAGCAGGAGGAAGAACAAGAAUCUGAUAAAUCCCGUCCCGAAUUGACUCAUGAUCGAACUUUUUUGAUGUUAAAACAACUAGUUUCUAAAAAGGCAAAGGGAUCAGACAUGUAUGGGACAAUAUAUGACAAAAUAUUCAAGCAUCAUGAUUUAUCAUCCGUGAUUGCAAAUUUGGAUUUUAAUGAACGUUGUAACCUUUAUUUUAAGAAUUUGUUCUUACAAAACCAUGACUGGAAGCUUGAUCCUCAUAUUGAUUUGGAUUUACAUUGGGAUGGUGACGAAUUUAAAGGCUAUUUUCAGGACCACGAGACAGAGUUUCUUGAAGAAUUCAACAAAAGGCUAUAUCUCCCUCAAGAUAAAGAAGAAUAUAACAAGCAUUUUGAGGAAUUCGUAAGAAACAAAUUUAAGGCUUACAAACAACCCUAUUUGGACCGAGAAAUGGUGGAUUCAUUAACUACUUUUAGGAUCUUCAACCAAUGUUAUCUUGAUGGCCAAACUAAAUCCCAAAAAUUUAUAACCGAACAAAAACAAUUUCUUAAUCGAGUUGGAAAAGCUGCUGCUCCAUUUCAAGAAAUUCAAUCCGAAAAAUUAACUGAUUUUUCCACUUAUGAAUCAUUUGAACAUAGGGUGUAUCCGUGGUUAUCUUUUGAAUAUCCUGUAUAUGAACAUUGGAGUGGUGCUACUUUUUAUAAACCUCCAAAUUUAAAGAAGGUUGAUUUCCGUGGGAAAACAACUAAACGUUCUUUUGCUUCUAAACCCAAAGCUGGUCCAAAAUCACAAUUUUUACGUGAACUUAAAUCUUUAUCUAAUGGACGAGGUAUAAUUUUAACCAUGCCUGAAAGUCAUGUGGAUUCAACUGUUAAUUUGAUUCACUUAUUAAGAGCAUUAAACAACAAAUUGCCUAUUCAAAUUGUUAGUACCGAUGAUAUAUCCUUAAAAGCCAAGAGAAAACUAGUUGCUGCUGCUCGUGAUGAUUAUGUGACCCUACCCAAAUCAUUUGAGAAAGUCGCCGAACACUUCCCUAAAGAUUAUUUAACUAAAAAUGGAGGAUUGCCUAAACAGGAGCUCUGGUUCGUUAAUGCUCAUAAUACAAUCAAUGACCUCUAUCGUGACAAAUUUGUGAGUUAUGCUAAUAAAUUCAUUGCCAUUUUGUUCAACUCAUUCGCGGAAUUCAUGUUAGUUGAUGAUGAUACUGCCAUGAUGAAAAGUCCAGAGUGGUUUUUUAAUUUGAAAGGAUACACAGAAACAGGAGCUUACUUUUAUAAAGAUAGAACAUCUCCUGAACGAAGAGCAAUAAGUGAUGGAGAAAUGUUUCACAGAAUGAGUCCUUCCCUUGUUGAUACAAUCAUGUUUGAUAUUCCAGUAAUGACGCAACACACAUUAGAUCGAGAAUUCUUCAAAGGAUUAUUCCACUAUCAAGAAGCUGGGAUGGUAUUAGUGGACAAAAUCAAGCAUUUCAAUUCCUUAUUAAUGGUUACCCAAAUCAGUUUCUUUGGUCCCGUCCAUGGGAAAAUGUGGGGAGAAAAGGAAAUGUUCUGGCUAGGAUUUGCCAUUAAUGGAGAUGAAUCAUACGAGUUCAAUGAAAAUUUCGCCGCCGCAAUCGGUGAACUCACAGAUUUCCGUGACAGACAUAGAUCUGAUGGCUCUCAUCACCGAUCUCGAGAAUUAUGUUCCAAUCACCCGGGACAAAUAUAUGAUGGUGAUGGACAUACUUUAUUGUGGAUCAAUUCAGGAUUAAGAUUCUGUCAUCAAGCCGAACAAGUUGAUUUUGAGGACGAAUUCAAACUUGGAAGUCGAUUGAAAUUUCUUCAUGAUAUAGAAGCAUUCAAGGCUUUCUACUUUGCGCCAUUACGUAUAACCCAUGCCGUUGUGCCUCCAUUGACAGAUGAUUUACAACCAAGAGGUAAUUUCCAAGAUGAGCCUGGUUAUGGGUGGAUGAUGGAAGGAUCGUAUUGUCGAAGAUAUUUAUGGUGUGCAUACUCAAGUGUGGGUGGAGAAGGUCAUAAUGGUCGUGAUAAUUAUGUUGAAGGUACCAUUGUUGACUUCACUCAAAAAGAGCAAGAUUUAUUUAAGUAUUAUGGGGAUAUUUGGGUUGGCCAAGAAUAGAUUUAUUUAGUUAUAAAAUAGAAGUACGAUACAUAUUACGUUUAAAUGUAGGAAGUCGUAUUAUAAACUACUUUGUAGGCUCUUUGAUAAGUAUUUUUUUUUUUUCCAAAAAAAAAGAUAUUGAACAUGCUAUCGGUGAAAGGGGGUAACAGUUCAACCCACAGCAAUGACCAAUGUCAAAAACAGAAAAUCCUUAAGAAUAAGAAACACCAAGCUAUCCAACUAUCUAUGUUAAUAAAAAAAAAUGUUAAAUCUCUUUGUAAAGCGUGUCAUCUUUAUGCAAGGACAAUGCUAAUCUUCUCUGUAUUGUUAAAAUUGACAAAUGUACUAUCCCGAAAGAUAGUAC